AUGUCUAACGAAAGGUCUUCAGGUCGGCCAGAGCCGUUUGAACGCGCAGUACAGCAAUCCGACGAGGAGAGUGGUCCCGAGACCAAUCACGAUUUAAAAGAUGAGCACUUGGACAGCUGGCGUGGAUGGAUCGUUGUCACAGCAUCGGCCUCUUCCCUCUUCGUCUUCAUGGGCGUGAUUUACUCCUGGGGCAUCUUGCAGGCAGACUUGGCGCACAAAUCCAACAUGUCCUUGACCACGCUGACAUUCGUCGGCUCCUUGGCAACAUCAUUCAUGACUUCCAUAUGCAUCUUUGUCGGAAAGUCUGUUCGGAAAUUUGGUUAUAGAGAGACAGCCAUUGCCGGGGCAAUCUUGCUUGGCCUGGGAGAAUUUGCUUCGAGUUGGGUGACGCAUCAUCUCGGCGCGCUCUUUGUUACGCACGGUGUUAUAUUCGGCGUCGGAGGUGGAUUGACGAUAUUGCCGUGCUCUACAGCACCUCUGCAGUGGUUUCGAAAGCGCCGCGGUCUCGCAACAGGCGUCGUCUUUGGUGGCGGCAGUCUCGGCGCCGCUGUCAUGGGCGUGGCGACGAAUAGUAUGGUCGGCCGCAUCGGCGCACCUUGGACCUUUCGAAUCUUGGGAUUCAUGCUGUGGGCAGUGUGUCUUCCGGCGGCCUGCUUGAUGAAACAACCGGCUUCUACGCAAAACGCGAUGCCGAAGCUCCAAUGGCAUCGGUUUAAAGAAGUCGACUUCCUCAUCAUCUUCUUCGGGUCCGCCCUAGCUUGCUUCCCGCUCUUCAUCCCUCCUUACUUCAUCCCCAUCUUUGCUCGCUCAAUCAACCAAUCUGGGAAUACCGCCAUCAUUGGCUUGACGAUUUGGAACAUUGCCUCUACGGUGGGACGAGUCUGCGCUGGAUAUACUGCCGAUUCUCUACUGGGUCCUCUGAACAGCUUUCUCAUCUCACUGAUUUGCUGUGCAGUGAGCUCGCUUGCUAUUUGGCCCUUUUCCUCCAGUAUGGGGACUCUUGCUGUCUUUGCCGUGAUCAACGGCAUCGGCUGCGGGUCCUUCUUCAGCUUAUUCCCUACAGUUCUUGGCUCUGUCUUUGGUCAAGAAAACACCAUGGGAGUACUGCCCAUCAUGUGGGGAGGGUGGUUCUUUGGGUUCUUCUUCGUAGGUUUCGAAUUUGCCGUUCAAUUCAUCAUUUCACUAACAAAGAUCUAG